AUGUCCCAGCCUAAGCACCAGCUCGACACCUUCAAGGCCUGGGCUGGCAAGAGCUCGGACAUAUCGUACUAUCUCAACUCGCACCACAUAGACUACCACGAGUGGUGCAUGUACGGGAAGGCGAGGCCCGUCCGCGUGACCGCGCACUGCAGCACGGGCGUGGCGACGAAGCGGCUGGACAACGGAGUAGAAACCGAG